AUGUCUUUAUCUGCUGUGGCAACGAUUCGUGAGAGAAGAGGACCUAAUCUGAACAUAGUUUUAACGUGUCCAGAAUGCAAAGUAUAUCCUCCCAAGAUAGUUGAAAGGUUUAGUGAAGGUGAUUGCGUUUGUGCGUUAUGUGGACUUGUUCUCUCAGAUAGGUUGGUUGACACUAGAUCUGAAUGGCGUACAUUUUCCAAUGAUGAUCAGAACGGCGAUGACCCCAGUCGUGUUGGAGAGGCUGCAAACCCAUUAUUAGAUGGAAAUUCGCUUUCAACGAGAAUUGGACAAGGUGAAGGUGGUGAUGCCAGGGCCACAAGGGAUUUGAACAGAGCUCAAAGUAAAAAUGUCUUGGAUAAAAAGGAUAAUGAAAUACAGGCUAUUUUUAUCAAAAUUACCAUGUUAUGCGAUGUUGCAGAAUUACCCAAGAUUGUCAAGGAUAGUGCUAAGGAAAUUUACAAAUUGUGCUAUGAUUCUAGAGCUCUCAAGGGUAAAUCUAUGGAAUCAGUCAUAGCGGCAGCUAUUUUACUGGGUUGCAGACGUGCCAAAGUGGCAAGAACUCUAACAGAGGUACAGUCGAUGAUUCAUGUUAGGAGAAAAGAAUUUUCUAAAUCGCUAAAACUAAUGAGUUCAAUUUUGAUGGAAAAAUCUGCCGAUGGUAUCAUUAAGAUUGACAGGGGUGAUAUGAAUGGUGCCACCAACUUGUCUUAUAUACCAAGGUUUUGCUCUCAUUUAGGUCUGCCGAUGCAACUGACAACUGCAUCAGAAUACACUGCUGGUAAGUGUAAAGAAAUUGAAGAAAUUGCUGGUAAAAGUCCAAUUACCAUUGCUGUUGUUGCAAUUUUUUUCAACGUAUUACUUUUUAAAAUACCAUUAACAGCAUCAAGAAUUGCAAAGGUUUUACAGGUUACGGAAGGUACAAUUAAAUCGGGUUACAGGAGUCUUUACGAACAUAGGGAUCAAAUGGUUGAUCCUCAGUUGUUGAAAAGCGGAACCGUUUCGCUUGAUAAUUUGGAAAAAUUGGAUAAGAAAAGGGAUUAA